UCCCGCAGCGAGCUUUGUCCUCCACACCGAUGCUAAAGGCUCCGCUUCAGCGCAGAACCUCAUCCUCCUCCCACAUCACUGUCUUGCAACGCAACAGUCAUCUGAGUGACUCGCCGACCCCCAAGGCAUGUUGUGCUAAAGAAACACCUAUGCAGGUGGAUCCCACACUAAUGAAUGUAGGGGAUGGAGGCACGGUGAGCAGAGAGAUCAGUGCUCCUAAUAAAGCGUCUACUAGCAUGGUGGGAAAUCCCCCCCAGACGCUACCCCCUGAGUUUAGAGGAGAUGUUACCCUCAGUCAGCAAAACAAGACCACUCCAACGAAAGACUGCAAGACGGUAAAAGCCUGUCUGGACUCCAGCAAUUGCAACCACAGUGCUGAACUUUCCCCACCUCAACAGCCCAACAAUGCUCCAAUGUCCAGCUCAGUCCUCACGAGCUCAGAGAAGAGAACUGACAAAAGGGCAGAAGCUCCCAAACUCAAGGCAGACAGUGCUGGGGUCUUCCCCACUCCUCAGUGGUCAGGCGGUUUAAAAGUCAACCGGGAGGACUCCCUCAACCCCUGUCACAGUAAUGUGACAUCCAGCAAGAAGUCACACCCACAGACUCAACCCAUGCAAAGCGUUUCCCCUGGAUUUCAGUGUCCCACCAUGUUCAAACCAGCCCCGCCUGUUGCCUUUCUUCCUUCCUCAAAUUUUUCUUCUCCACUUUGCAAAAUUACCCUUCCACCAGCAUUGGGUCAGAUUGCAGCAUUGAGAGAAGCCACAGCCACUCAGUUUCAAAAGGAGACUCCACCUCAAAGCUCAGGUGUUGGAGGGACACCUCUCAUGCGGACCUAUCCAUACUCGCUGUCUGUUGGCCGGACUCCGGCCGCAGAGAAAAAAACAGGAACAGCAACUCCAAAACUCAAAUCCAACCACUCAUCCACAAAGAACACCAUACCUGUAGGAGAACAUAAAUCUCUAGCCUCCGUUGUGGCCUCACCAGCUAUGGCCCUACCAUUACAGCACCCAUCACUAACCUCUGCAGCACCCACCCACUACACCUUGUCUCCAACUGCUGCUAUUUGCUGCGGCUCUGCACUGGCCAGCAUCACUUCUCAGAGCAGGCUGCUGAACCAUGUGGAGAAAGGCAACAGCAUAGACAAGGCAGUCAUGGGAGCACUUAAAACACCGCCACCGCCCCCCUCUGCCCCAGAAGAUAACACGGCUUGCUCUGUUGAACCCAGAGAUGUACCUCUUGAUUUGUCUGCUAAGUCAAAACGUCUGAAAUCCUUAAAUGACGCCCCAGGUAAUGCGAUGGAGCCUCAUAGCGUUGAAUCAAAUCAGAGGGAUUAUCUGAACUCCAAGAGGACUCAUACAACAACUUUUAGUUCUGCUGUGCAGUACCCAGUCUCACCAAAUACCCACAGUAAUGGUUCUCAUCAGAAGCAAUUAAACAGGUCUCAGAAUCACCAGAUUCCAGAAUCCAAAACAACCUGGGGAAAGGGAUCGUCACAGGAUCCAAUAAAAAACAUCCCCGGAACAUAUGUAGGUGUGGCGAGCCCCAUACUGGCUUCUACUCUACGAGGAAAAGAUGGAAAAGGGACUUUUGCCGAUGAGUUUCAGAGUUUUGCAAAGCAGGAAUUUAUAUCCAUAAUUGACCAAGGAGAACAUUUGGCCUCAGGAGGGAAAAAGCCUUCCUGUUUAAUGAAAGGUAACCAACACGCUCACAGUGUCAAGCAUAUGAAAAACACCAGCAAGAACUGUCCCCCUAAAGGAGCCUUAACGACUGCCCUGUUGAGCCCCUCCAAUGCUCAGAUUUAUUCAAAAACUGGAUCUGGCAAUACAGCAGUGCCGUACUGUACCACUGCCGUCAGUCCAGCCUGGCAGCAGCCUUCUCCUCUUCCACAUCAAGCUCCUUCUGCUCAGAAAAAAAUAACACAAGGAUCUCCAAAGACCAAGGGCACCACGAUUACAGAGGGAUGUAAGUACCAGAGUGGCCAUCACUGCCCUUCCAAAACCGAGGAUGACAAGUGGGACAGGAUGAAGUCCCCUUUGUCAAACCUUGCGUCCAUUGUGAAGCAGCAAGGUUUUGAAACACCUGGACUUGGCGAGGCCAGCGCUCCAGUUCCUUCUGUUGCAUCAAGAAAGGCUGAUUCGAAACCACUCAUCGACACCCAGUCUAAACACACUUCUGCUUUUGAAUACCAACCAUACUGGUCUGCAGAGAAAUGGCCCAGCGCGCCAUCUCAGGGGGAUUUGACUAACGCCAUGAGAAGACAUGAAAAGGCGAACGCCACUGAGCCUUUGGAGAAUAAUAGUGACAAACACACUAGUCAAGGCGAGCAUAUGGGAGUACAAGCAAAGCAUGGCUCUUCAAAACCCGUGAGCCAGUCUCAUCUCUUUGGGAACAAUGCAUCAACAAAUGGGAACAGGAUAGAGAGCAAACUGGCCCAGGUGUUGGAGGGGGAGACACCGAGGAAAGAAAGUGGAGCAUUAGACAGUCCUCCCAAUGAAAAAUUGGAGGGUAUGGUCACAUCUGUUCUAUCGGGCCAGUGUGUGCGGGGAGGCGACAAAUUGGAGAACGAAACAAACGGAACCAAAGAGGAGUCCCCGACCAAGACAAAAACUGCUGCCAUCAAACAGAAAAAGACCAGUCCGAAGAAACUAGCGAAGGAGAAGUCGACAGUAGACUCAUCUAAGAAGACUCCAGGAAAGAAAAAGCAAGAUGCAGACAACGAUACAGCCAAAGUGUCCUGCAAUAAGAAGAAGAAACCAUGCGCACCUGCGCUGGAGCAAAGUCUGUCUGCGGAGAAACUUUCCCCACAGAGGAAAGACACGAGUCCAAGGGACAAGAUAAGUCCCAACAAAGCUGAGCAGCCAGUCCUCAACAAAGCAGUUUCAGAUAACAGCGCCAAUCCUCAGAGCGUAGAAACUUCCACGUCCCCCAAUCCCCCCGCCGCAUCCGCCAAGGAGGCCGACACUACUGAAUGCUCCUUCCCGAGACUGAGGAGAGGGCGGCGGCGAGCCGACGACGCCCGCCUUGACCUGUGGGGCUUUGCCACGCCUUCCCCUCCACCUCCACCGAUGCCUCCCCCCGCCGCUCCUCCCGCACCUGCUCAAGCCUCCAAAUCGCCGCCGCUGACUCCCGCCCAGCCCCCCCGUCGUCCGAGAGGGAGGCCCCGAUCGAACCCCCUGCCGGACCGCGCGCUGCAGGGCAAGGGCAAGACGUCCGGUGCGGAGGGCGACACGCCCCCUCAAAAGAAGCGCCGGCGGUGUCGUAGCAAAAAGUACCAGACUGGCGAAUACAUCACCGAGAAGGACAAACUCGAAGAGGGAGAGCACCUUGAGGAGUCUAACUCCCUGAGACAGGACACGGGAAUCCCAGCAGAUCCGCAGGCAGACCAGUGUCCCAGUCCCGCCGCCUGCAGUCCAGAGCCCCCUCCUCGGAGACCCUCAUUCACCCGUUCGGGAUCCGUCCGGUACCAGGAGAGCGAGGAGUCCCUGGAGUGCGCCGAUAAGCCUUCGGGGAAGAGGAAGUUCAAAAGCAAACACUUAAGUGACAGUGAUGAGCACAAAAAUAAGAGCAAGCGCAGCAGUUUGGGCAAGCGUGGCGCCUCGCUCGCUCUGGACGACGACGACACGCCCGUGAAACGACCGGUUAGUCCGACACGCACCCCGAAGAGUCUGACAUCUUCUCCAUCCAAUAAGAAAAGCUCCUCGGGGAGAAGCAGCGGUUCGGACUCCCCCACCAAAAGGCCCGUCCCCCCAGAGGUCCGGCGGCUGAUCGUCAACAAAAAUGCCGGAGAGACUUUGCUCCAGCGUGCCGCCCGUUUAGGUUAUCAGGACGUCGUCCAGUAUUGUCUGGAAAAGGACGUCAGGGAGGUCAAUCGGAGGGACAACGCCGGCUACACAGCUCUGCACGAGGCCUCCUCUCGAGGCUGGACUCAGAUCGUCCAGAUGCUGCUGGAGCACGGCGCAGAUGUCAACUGCAGCUCGCAGGACGGGACACGGCCCCUUCACGACGCAGUGGCGAGCGAUAACCUCCCGAUAGUGUGGCUGCUUCUGAACCACGGUGCAGACCCCACCCUGGCCACCUACUCCGGACACACGCCGGUGAAACUGGCGCACAGCUCCAGCAUGAAGAUUUUCCUCACAGAAUAUUUCACCGACCUGGAAGGCCGCAACGAGCAGGAUCCAAGUGUACCCUGGGAUUUCUACAGCAGCUCACUCUUUGAGAGCGACCAGGAGCCAUGCUGGGACUUCCUGCUGUCCGAGCAGAACCAGGAGCUGGAGGACAGAUCCCCCUGGAAGACGGAGCAGGACUCCGGGGACAAAGACUGCCUCAUGUUCGAGUUCUCGGACGAGCCCCUCCUGCCCUGCUAUCAUGUUCAGAUGUCAUUAACACAGGGCUUUUGCAACUGGUUCCUCCUGACGGACGUCCUAAAGCGUCUCAAAAUGUCGUCGCGAAUCUUCCGGGCGCGCUACCCACACUUUGAGGUGGUGAGUUUGUCGCGCGCCGAGCUCUGGAGGCAGGUGUCGGUCAGCCAGGUGAGCGCCGCUCUGGCGUCGCCGCACAGAGGCAAAAUCAAGGAGGAAGAUCAGGACGAGGAGGAAGAGGGGCUCGUGGAUCUGGUCCGGUGUGUGCCAGAGCUCCAGAGACUACUGGGCUCCUCCAUACACAUUCUGCAGGAGGAGGAUGAGGACGAGGAGGAGGAGGAGGAGGAGGAGGAGGAGGAGCAGACAAACACUGGGAAGCCUCGCAGCCGAUAGCCUCGUCCUCCCCGCAGACAGACUGCCGUCGCGGCGUCAGCCCGCGUCCUUCCUUGCAAGCAGCAGCUCAAAGGAAAACCUCUCCGUCCGUUGAAAACGAGGAUCUUGGGUUUUAACUCCAGCCACACUAAUGACUUCACACUCCACCGAUAACCUUUGACCUCAGACGUGAUCUCAAGGACCUGCACACGGGAGUGGUCAGUGCUGGAAAGCAGCUUUCAGGUUCCUACCCAUAGGUAUAUUUGAAUACACUAGAACUAUUGAACAAACCUUUUUGUAUGGAUUAUGUAUGUACAUGGUAGUGUAUAUGUAUAUCUUGCCAUCAGGGUUAACACAUUUGGUUAUAUAAAUGUAUUCUUGUGGCAAGGGACGGAUAUUGUUUAGGACUUUUUCGUUUGAGUUUGUUCCUGAGGGAAAGCGAUAUGUUUUUUUUUUUUUUUUUUUCCGACGGGAUAAUCCGAGGCUUUUAUCUUGGUGAACUCUUGCGUAAAGCUAAGAUGCUUAAGUCAGGGAGGCCAUUGGCCCAGAUGGUUUCUCUGUCGACCUGGGAGCCGUGGAGACCUGCGGAGAGGAGACCACAGCGAGUCAUAUUCACACGUAAUCGCCCGCCCGGCUCACAGCCUCACUUCCAGUCCCUCCCCACUUUAUCGCGCUAUAGAGAUCAUCACUGGACGGACCUAAUUGCUCACAGUGUUUAUUUUUCCUCCACAUUUCACAAAGUAAAGCCUGGGCGGCGGCGGCAGCGGCGGCCGGCGGCGAGCCGCCCCGGGUCCCCGCGCACAGUUUGACAUUAUGUUGGACCUUGACAUUGAGGGUUUGUUUACAGACAUGGACAGAUCGUGUUCUCCGCUCCUCCUGAACUCAUGCAGAGUCCUGUGGAUCUCUCUGGGAGGAGACGCCGCGUCGUCCCCGGAGACGCCCACCCCACUGCCCCCCCCCCCCACCUCCCACCUCCCACUAUGGUGUUUUCAGAUCCCAGAGUGCUUUGUGUUGCAGUGUUUUAUUCACACUGUUUGUUGUGCUUAAUUUAAUAGUCAUUAAUAUAUUUGACCUCUUGUGUAUCUGACAACCUUAUCGAAGAGAAAUGCUUUCUAUGGUUGGUGCUUCAUUCUGAAAUGUACUUAUUAGGAUCCCUUUAUUCUGAGAUUUUACUCCCUCAUUUGAAAACAGUAUUUCAAAAAAAAAAAAAAAAAAGAAAAAAAAAGAAAAAAGAAAAAAAGGCAAAAGUACAGUUUUAUUG